UAUAAGAGAUUAGACUGAAUAGAAUUCACAUACUAUCGUGUGCAUGCAGCCAUGUUUUCACAAAUGAUGGCAUUUGUAUAUCCUGAAGUCCCCCAAGACUAUAAACUAGCUGUGGAAAAUUGUAGAAGAAAAUUGCGAGGAUUAAUACAAGAACAACAUUGUGCUCCUCUAAUUUUACGCCUAGCGUGGCAUUCUGCUGGGACUUAUGACAUUCAAAGCAAAACUGGAGGGCCUUUUGGAACUAUCAGAAACAAGGGCGAGCUAUCUCAUGCUGCAAAUGCAGGACUUGAUAAUGCAGUGAAGUUGUUGGAGCCUAUCAAAGAGCAGUUCCCUUCAAUUAGUUAUGCAGACUUUUAUCAGUUAGCAGGUGUUGUAGCUGUUGAAGUGACAGGAGGACCUUCAAUACCUUUCCAUCCUGGAAGAGUGGAUCAAUAUGAAAGUCCUGAAGAAGGUAGAUUGCCAAAGGCCACUGGAGGUUUAGACCACCUCAGAAUAGUUUUCCAGAGAAUGGGGUUGGAUGAUAAGGAUAUAGUAGCACUAUCAGGGGCUCACACAUUGGGAAGAUGUCAUAGAGAAAGGUCUGGAUAUGAAGGAUCAUGGACAAAAAAUCCAUUGAUAUUCGAUAACUCCUAUUUCAAAGAACUCAUAACAAGCCAAAGUAAAGAAUUGAUCCAACUUCCUUCAGACAAAGCUCUUUUACAAGAUCCUAUAUUUAGUAAAUAUGUUCAUCUAUAUGCCAAGGAUGAGAAUGCAUUCUUUACUGACUAUGCAGUGGCUCAUCUCAAGCUCUCCGAAUUAGGGUGGAAGUGUGGGAAGUGGGGGCGAGUAUUGUGUGGGAUAUGCAUAUAGUCAAGUUCCAAAAUUUCAAGUCCAUAUGAUCAAAUAUGAUGCCACAUCAACAUGCAUUUUUGUGAAGGUGUCCAAAAUGAUCCCAAAUUGUCAUAAGAUCCAUAGGUGUGCACUAAGUCAUGUUUACUUGUGUGCAGAUGUGGCAUCACAUCAUUGGUUAUUUUUUGAAUUUUAGAGGUACUUUUUUGGGGGAAAAGCAUUGACAUGACAUUUUUAGAGCACCACUAUUGGUCUUAUUUUGUCUAUGUACUAUAACAUGUAUUGGCUCCUCUCCCCUAAUGAUUUGAAGCGUCGAAGAGUUAUUUGUC